AUGGGAAAGAAGGACAAUGGGCUUCGAUGGAUGUCCGUGGUGGCGUUGAUGACGACCAAUGGCAAGAAAGUCGCCGCCCUGCGCUACAUGCCAAGAUCGCUCGAAAAUUGCCAGUCAGACGAAAAGCUCAGCCAAACGAUCGAUGGCAUACCAGGCCUUUUCAAACACGAGCACACUGUAGCUCGUAAAUGUCUCGAGGAAGCCAAGCACAUGCGGCGAAUGUUCGCCAGUGGCAAGUAUUUCAAGCCUCUCGUGCAUCAGGUCAAGGAGAACGUCAACUUCGCCGAUGCAAAGAGUGAGGUCAAAGCGACCUUCAUCUCCAUACCAGUGUUCAGCUCGAUGCAUGGCGAAGAGCCAGUUGUCCAUCACGAUAAGCCCACGCAACAACACGGCAUGGUACGUCAGCUGCUUCAGACAAUGUUCGAGAAGACCCAUAAGCUUGUGCAUGCAGAAGCAUACUCCAAGGAUCAUCAUCAAGAGCUUGCAACAAAAGAACUUCGCAAGCGCGAGGGCCACCCAAUCAGAAGUCUCAUGCAGUACACCAAUAUAUUGGCACCAGGCCUUGAUCGAGACUGGCACCAAGCGAUGGUCAGACUAGAGAAUGAGGACGAUCAUGACCAGCCACUGAUUCACGUCCCCGAGUUUUGGGCUGUCAUCAUCAAUACGAAGACUAUCGUUACCUGCUCACCGUUCUCGGUCGAAGAAUUAUUGGGUGAAAAUAUCACGCAUCAAAAGCCAGACGUACAGGACAUGAGAAUUCACGUCGAAUACACGAAUCUGGGCGGCGCGGCCACACAUGAAUUCAGAUGCCGUACCUGGGUCGGCUUUUUGAAUACGGUCGCUGCUAUUGAAAGGCAGAUUCCCAAAGAAGACGAGCUCAGCGUUCAGCUGAGUCAGGAUGAUUCCGCCUUCAAGAUCGUUGACGCGAACUUCCGACUCAUCAACCGAAGCAGAUGGCAGGACUUGACGGCAAGCAAAAACGUCACCGAAUUCUUCAGCAAAGGUCUCAAGCAAAGCAACCGCAAAGUCGUGUCUCAGAGGGAUCGUACUGAGCAUCUGGCAAAGCUACGUAGGAUUGACGCAGAGCUCAAGGUCACGAGGGCGAGUCUUCUCGAAGCACGUCGAAUUCAACUCGGGCAGCGCUUGCUGUAUGCAGCUGUGAGGUAUCAGCUGAUCGAUCCCGGGGGCGUCCUUCUCGACGAGGAUGCUGCAUACCUCGAAGUCCGCCUCCGUCGAAAGGCACAAGAGUGGGAACUACAUCAUCAAACUCGAGUGUAG